GCCUGAGCUCGACACUGUUCAGCUUGGCUCGGUUUGGCUCCGCACCGCUCAGCACGGCUCGGCUAGGCACGGUUCGGCUCAGCUAAACUCGGCACAUCCCAGCUCGGUUCGGCUCGGCUGAGCUUGGAUCAGCUCCGUUGUGCUCGGCGCGGCCGGGCUCUGUUGGACUGGCUCGGCUCGGCUGAUCGCGGCGGAUCCCGGCCGGUCUGGGCUCAGCGCGAAGCGGGAGGCGGGCGCUGUUCCUGGAAGAGCCCGGGCCGGGGAGUUGGUCACAUUCUUGGCCGGGAUUCAAUGACUGAGGCAGACACCAACAAACAGAGGGGGGGAGGCGGAGGGCGGGAGGCUGAGCCCGCCUGCAUUAGCUCAGCUCUCAGGCACUCUCAGUCACUGCUGGAAAGAGGAGCUGGGAGGAUGUGCGCGCUCUCACCGCGGCUCCCCACGGCACAACGAGAUCACGGGCAGAAAUAAGGGAAGGAAGGCGAACCGAGAGGCGAGGAGCCCUCCCAGGCCGAGCAGAGGGACCACGAGGGGCAGAGGAGCCGCUCCACGCCCGUGCGGAGCCCCCGCGCCGCUUUGGCAGUGCCAAAGAUUUGGGCCUUUUCUCCUGCGUUGUUCCUUCCACAGACCGAGCGUUCUGCCUCCUCCUGCUUUUUACUUUCCUCCCCCGCGCCUUCCUUCGGUGGAUAUGGACAGAAGGGGGAUCACUGCAGAGAAGCAGCAGCCGCCAGAACAUAUUUGAGCCCCGGGUGCUCGGAGCGUGGCACAGACUUCUUGUGUUUCUGUGGGUGGUGUGUGUGUGUGUGAGUGAGUGUGUGUUGGAGGUGUGGGAGGAGGGAUUGGUUUGCCUGGGGGUUGGCUGAGGGGGUGAGUGCUCGGAUGAAGACCUCUUUUUGCCGUGAUUCUGUGCUCCAUCGGGGCAGCUUGGAGACUUGGAGGGUUUGAAAUUGUAACGCGAACCAAGAGAAAAGAAAGAAGAGAGAGACACGCAUACAAAAGGAUUUAUUUCCUCCUCGUUAGUGGAUUGCUGAUUGAGGAGGAAAAACACAAGGAAACUAAAAAAUGGAGACUGUAAGUAGAAGCAGCUUCCAGCCUCAUCCAGGACUGCAGAAGACCUUGGAACAGUUUCAUCUGAGCUCUAUGAGCUCCCUGGGUGGCCCUGCUGCUUUCUCAGCACGAUGGGCACAGGAGAUGUACAAGAAAGACAAUGGCAAAGACCCAGCGGAACCUGUACUGCAUCUGCCCCCGAUCCAGCCUCCUCCGGUCAUGCCUGGUCCCUUCUUCAUGCCCUCGGACAGAUCCACGGAGAGGUGCGAGACCAUCCUCGAAGGGGAAACCAUCUCCUGCUUCGUGGUGGGCGGAGAGAAGCGGCUUUGCUUGCCCCAGAUCCUGAACUCGGUGCUCAGGGACUUCUCCCUGCAGCAGAUUAAUUCGGUGUGUGAUGAGCUACAUAUUUACUGCUCCAGAUGCACUGCUGACCAGUUGGAAAUCCUUAAAGUCAUGGGCAUCUUGCCCUUCUCCGCUCCUUCCUGCGGGCUCAUCACGAAAACUGAUGCUGAGAGGCUUUGUAACGCCUUGCUUUAUGGUGGCACUUAUCCUCCCCACUGCAAGAAGGAAUUCUCUAGCACAAUUGAGCUGGAGCUCACGGAGAAGAGCUUCAAGGUGUAUCAUGAAUGCUUUGGGAAGUGUAAGGGACUCCUGGUGCCAGAGCUUUACAGUAACCCCAGCGCAGCCUGCAUCCAGUGCUUGGACUGCAGGCUCAUGUAUCCACCACACAAAUUUGUGGUCCACUCUCACAAAUCGCUGGAAAACAGGACUUGCCACUGGGGCUUUGACUCUGCAAACUGGAGAUCCUAUAUCCUCCUCAGCCAGGAUUAUACUGGGAAAGAGGAGAAGGCUAGACUGGGCCAGCUCUUAGAUGAAAUGAAAGAAAAAUUUGACUAUAACAACAAAUACAAGAGGAAAGCCCCUCGGGUCUCUUCAGAUCCUCCUGCUUCCAAAAAGCCCAAAAUAGAUGACUCUGCUUCCCAAUCUCCAGCUUCUACUGAGAAGGAAAAACAGUCCAGUUGGUUACGGUCCUUAUCCAGUUCAUCUAAUAAGAGCAUCGGCUGUGUCCAUCCCCGGCAGCGCCUCUCCGCCUUCCGGCCCUGGUCCCCCGCAGUGUCUGCCAGUGAGAAGGAGCUCUCCAGCCACCUGCCUGCCCUGAUUCGGGACAACUUUUACUCCUACAAGAGCUUUGAGAGUGCCGUGGCCCCCAACGUGGCCCUGGCCCCUCCAGCCCAACAGAAGAUCGUGAGCAACCCUCCCUGUGCCACCGUGGUGUCCCGGAGCAGCGAAUCCCUGGGCUCUGCCCAGCCAAGGAAGAGGAAACAUGGCACAGAGCACACGGCUGUCCCUGAGGCUGCAGCCACCACGGCCACCGCCCCCGAGGAGGACAAGGAGUCAGAAGCAGAGAUUGAAGUAGAAACCAGGGAAGAAUUCACCUCUUCCUUAUCCUCGCUCUCCUCCCCAUCCUUCACCUCCUCCAGCUCUGCCAAGGACAUGAGCUCCCCUGGGAUGCAGCCCCCAGCCCCUGUCAACAGCUCCUAUGAGGUGGCUGCACACCCUGACCCCCACAGCAGUGGGCUGGAGGCUGAGCUGGAGCACCUCAGGCAGGCCCUGGACAGUGGCCUGGACACAAAAGAAGCCAAAGAGAAGUUCCUGCACGAGGUGGUGAAGAUGAGGGUGAAGCAGGAGGAGAAGCUGAAUGCAGCACUGCAGGCCAAGCGCAGCCUGCACCAGGAGCUGGAGUUCCUGAGAGUGGCCAAGAAGGAGAAGCUGAGAGAAGCAACAGAGGCCAAGCGCAACCUGAGGAAAGAGAUCGAGCGUCUGCGAGCCGAGAACGAGAAGAAGAUGAAGGAGGCCAAUGAGUCCCGAAUCCGGCUGAAGAGGGAGCUGGAGCAGGCCCGGCAGAUCCGUGUGUGCGACAAGGGCUGCGAGGCCGGCAGGCUCCGGGCCAAGUACUCAGCACAGAUCGAGGACCUACAGGUGAAGCUGCAGCAUGCCGAGGCCGACCGGGAGCAGCUCCGUGCCGACCUCCUGCACGAGCGGGAGGCCCGGGAGCACCUGGAGAAGGUGGUCAAGGAACUUCAGGAGCAACUGUGGCCUAAAGCCAGCAGCCAGCCCAGCAGUGAGAGCACCUCGAGCCCCAUGGAGAACUGACGCCUCAUCCCCCAGCACAGGGAGAGGGAGAGAGUGGGACUGGAAGUGCAUGUGUGAGUAGCGGUGUCCUGGCACACACUUUAGGAAUAUGGAUUCAAAGUAGUUGGAAGGCAAAUGUUACUCUCUAGAACAGAAGCACUGAAUUCCGCCUCUUUUUUUCCCAAUCCAUAUAGCACAACAUCUUACUGUGCCUAGAAAACACAAAGCAUUUGUAAACAAAAUACUUUUAAGUCCACAGCAAAUUUUCUACUGGCAAACUCCAAGCAAAGCAGCGUGGUCCAGCUAAACCCGGAGUCCAAGGCAAGCCCAGCAGUGGCUUUGUGUUCUCCUUCCUGCUGGAACAUUUUGGAAUUUAAAAACAAGUCAACUUUUCUUAUAAGCUAUUUAAAAUAAUUCAUUAC